AGGGUUCUUUCGUGAAUUAAAAAAAAAAGAAAAAGAAAAACUGAAAGGAAGUGACGAAGGAAAAUGCGCUGGCUCAGGCUAAGAGUCCAGUCCGGGGACGACGAAUAUUUUGCGACGUAGUGCGAGUGGCGGUCUUUUUUUUUGUUGAAACGCUUCGAGCGUGGAUAUACAUUUGUGUUUCUGCUUGAAAUCUGACGUUUCUCGAAGAAACGAAUUGCUGAUUUUGAGCUUUAAUUUGUUGCCAUGAUUGCUUUGGCUACAGUUUGCGCCGUGUCGGUGCUUUUUCGAACUGUCGGACAGCCGUUCGAAGUUCUGGCCAAAAAAGCUGGAGAGACCAAAAAGGGUCUGCCACUUCUGGGGGUGCCACCAUUGGACCCCCUGGCCAUCGGCCCCUUGUACCUCACCGACGACGUCGACUUUUUCUUCAGACUCCACAACGUGUCUGUCGGUGGGGUCACUUCCGGCAUGACUGCCAAAAACAUGAGACUCGAGUACAAUACCCCUGACAAGAGGAUCUACAGUGUCAUGGAAAUCCCGUCCAUCGAAAUCUACUCCAAGUACGACGUGGAGAUUAAAGUGGGAAGGUUCAUGCCGGCCUUUUUCGGCAGGAAUUACUCAAUCACGUCCUUUGGAAGCGUCAAUGCAACUAUGAAUGAAGUGGACAUGAAAUCAUAUUUCGAGUUCAAAGAAGAACCGCGAUGGGGACAGAAUCUGGAGAUAGACUCGACUUACGUCGCAUUCGACUUUAAUUCGUCAACUUGGACGUACACCUCAGAGAAACCCAAUGACGUACUGGUCAAGUACCUGACUCUAGUGGGCAACAACGACGCUGCCCUGCGUCCAAUUCUGGACGUUCUCAGACCCACCCUCGUCCAGUUCGUCAAUCGGUUCCUCUACAAGACCAUGAGCAACAUCUUCAAGAAUAGCCAAGAGGAUCUUGUGGAUUCGUUGAUUGAGAGCCGCUACGUCAUCAAUGCUCGAGUGGCCAGAGUGAUGAUGCAAGUGGACCGGAAGCAUUUCGUCACUAAAGAUCCCUAUGUAGAUUCUUCCCAGCCCUCGGGCAUAAAAGGAGUCAACGUCUCUGCUCCCAACAUUCACGCCACCAUUUUGGAACUCUUCAAGCAUCACAUUUUCAAUGGCUCUCGAGUCUUGGAUAUCAAAUGUCGCACAGGGUAUCUGUCCACGUGUUUCGCGAUAAUGGCCGGCGUCGAUGGAAUAACCAUAGCAAUAGAAUCAACGCCAGCGAUGAUCGACAGAGCCACAAAUUGCAUCUCCAAGCAUCACAAGUACCUCUUGGACACACGUCGGAUCGUGUUUGUCCAAGACUGCGGCUCCAAAGGCUGGAACUACUAUGGCCCCUACGACGCCAUCAAUGUUUCCGGGGCCCUGGAGGAGAUACCAGAGCAACUCGUUGAGCAACUCGCCAGAGGAGGGAGACUAGUUUUGCCUGUGGGCCCGAAAGGGGGUCAGCAGUUGCAUUGCAUUGAUAGAACACCAACUGGCGAGAUCACGCAAAAAGUCAUGAUGUCUGUUACCUUUGCGCCAUUAAUUUCCGAAUCUCCUUCUUGACGCGAAUGAAAGCAUAAAUACUGACCCUCUGCUGUCCUAUGAUGAGAUUAGAGAUUGAAAAAUAGCAUUUUAUUGUA